AUGUCCGACAGCAAGCAGCACUGGUCCAAUCUCGGGACCAUAAUGGACACCGCCCCUGUCACGCUGUCCGACAUGUAUGGCAUGUUCCAUGAUGCUGUUGCGAAGCAUUACCGGGAAACCGGCGAGACCGUCACGUACACCUACAUUAACGUUGUCAAGGCGUAUGUCGACUGGUUGAUGUGGUGGCGAGCGUGCGUGUUCGCCCGCCUCAACAAUCAGCCGCUGCCGACCUUUCCAGAGGACUGA